GUUUAAGUCACUAGGGUUUUACCGAACUUGGGUUUAGGGUUGGACACGAUUUAUAAACCUCACAAUCACGAAUACAAGCCACGAGCAAUUCCUCAUCUUGUCGUCUGCUCACUAUCUCCGCUUCCGAGCAAAACAAACUCAUCUAAGGUUUUACCUGCGUAAGUAAUCAUGGCGACAUCAGCGGAUGCACGGCAGCUGUCUCAGAGGGAGGCUGACAUACAAAUGAUGUUGGCUGCAGAAGUCCACCUCGGCACUAAAAACUGCGAUUUCCAGAUGGAUCGCUAUGUCUUCAAGCGCCGCAAUGAUGGAAUAUACAUAAUCAACCUGGGGAAGACAUGGGAAAAACUGCAGCUUGCUGCCAGGGUUAUUGUCGGGGUUGAAAACCCUCAGGAUAUCAUAGUUCAGUCUGCCAGGCCCUAUGGUCAAAGAGCAGUGUUGAAGUUUGCCCAGUACACUGGUGCUCACGCAAUUGCGGGAAGGCACACUCCUGGAACAUUCACUAACCAGCUCCAGACCUCUUUCAAUGAGCCUCGCCUCCUAAUCCUUACAGAUCCAAGGACUGAUCACCAGCCCAUCAAGGAGGCAGCUCUUGGGAACAUCCCAACUAUAGCAUUUUGCGACACUGAUUCUCCUAUGGGCUACGUUGAUAUUGGAAUACCUGCCAAUAAUAAGGGCAAGCAUAGCAUUGGGUGCCUCUUUUGGCUGUUAGCCAGGAUGGUUUUACAAAUGCGUGGCACAAUUCGUCCAGGGCAUAAGUGGGAUGUUAUGGUGGAUUUGUUUUUCUACAGGGAGCCUGAGGAAGCCAAGCAGCAAGAAGAAGAAGAAGAAGCAGUUGCUGCUACUGAUUAUCUUCCUCCUACUGAAUAUGUUGGUCCUGAUCAAUGGGGUGAUGUUCCACAAGCUCCUAUUCCUACUGCCCCUGGUGCUGGCUGGUCAGCAGAUGCAGCACCAAUUACUGAGAGCGGCUGGGAGGUUGUAGCUCCACCAGGACCACCACUAGUAUCAGCACCCUGAUUGGAAGCUGCUGCAGCUCUUCCCAGUCCUGCUUCUGCCUCCGCCACUUUUUGAACAACUCUGUUUAAUUUAGGAUUCUAAUCAAUUUAUUCUUCUUUAUUUUUUUUAAUUAUUCAACGUUAUUCAUCUUUGAAUCAUACAUAUUUUGCAUAAAUUGGAUUAAGUUCAAAUCAAAUAAACAUUGAUGCAAUUGAAUCU